AUGGCGGUGGACAUCGUUGAUCCCAUCUCCAAAUAUACCAUCGAGACGCCGGUGUGGGAGAUCGAGGUUGCUCCCGGCAAGACUGAGGUCCUGAAUGGCACCGUUCAGGAAAUCUACUCCCGGGCGCUCGCCAUCAACCCCAACUUCCAACAGGUUCCUACCGCUAGAUCCAUCCAGGAACUGGAGACGAGCCUGGUUGAGAAGCGCGCCACGACUGUCAAAACCCUCACUGCCGCGCCCCGCAUGCCGCCGGGUCCUGGAGCCUGCUUCCGCGUCAGCUGCUCUUACGGCGCUGCCAUCUACUGGUGCAACGAUAACAAGACGUGGAAGAACCUGGAUAACUGGGACAUGAUUGCCAACAGCGCUGGAUUCAUCAUCAUCUCGUGUGCCCCCGAAGCUAGCUACGUUUCGGGCCAGAACUUCGAGUCAGGCAACUGGAACACGAUUGUCAGCGUUGUGCGGGUGUGCUGUGGGACAUAA